AUGUUCAAAAGCUCUUCCAAAGCGACAGAACCCUCCCAGAACUGGCGAGAGCGCGUCGCCAACAACGAAAGCGCCAUUGAGAGCCCCAGCGAUGCUUCUGAAGCACUGUCUCGCGAGCAUGCCGAGUACUUGAUGAUUCGGCACGGAACUCUGGACCUUGAUCCUCUGCCAGGCCCUGACGACAUGGAUCCGUACAACUGGCCCAACUGGAAGAAAAUUGUCAACCUCAUGCUCGUGGUUGUACAUGCCUGUAUGGCAACCUUUAUAGCCGCAGCAAUUAUUCCAGCAUUUCCAGAGCUCGCUGAAGACUUGGGUGUCUCCCUCCAGCAAGUUUCAUACCUCACCACACUUCAGAUUGCCUUCCUAGCAGUAGCCCCUGCGAUUCACCGGCCAUUCGCCAAUACUUUCGGUCGACGGCCUAUGUUUCUUGUUUCGUUGCUUGUCAGUAUGCUUGGAAAUAUUGGCUGUGCCAAGAGUACUUCCUAUGCUGCGAUGGCUGCCUGUCGAGCCAUCGUUGCCUUCUUCAUUAGUCCAGCCGCGGCCCUUGGCAGUGGUGUCGUGACUGAAACGUUUCUCAAGAAACACAGAGCUCGAUGCUUAGGCAUCUGGACCCUAAUGAGCAUCCUCGGUGUUCCACUUGCACCUCUCAUUAUGGGGUUUAUAUCCGCCGCUGGGGGGUACCAAUGGAUCUACUGGACGCUAGCGAUUGUAAGUCAACUCCCUAUUGACCUCUCGUACACAAUUUCUCGCCAAUUCUUUCUCUCCUUGCAGAUCAACGGCUUGCAGCUAGUUGCCUACCUUUUUCUUGGGCCAGAAACUCUGUACGUUCGCGGCGCCAAUGAACCCAAAGGCUCUUCUUUCAAGAGAAAAUAUCUCAUCUUCAAACGUAUCCAUCCCCGCCCGCUGUCGCUCAAUGAUUUCAUUCACCCCUUUGGGCUCUGGUGCAGGAUCGGUGUCGUACUUCCUACGGUUGCCCACGCCAUGGUGUUCCUUUUCUGCAACACGCUGAUUGCUGUUGAAAUACCUAACCUGUUUGGAGAGAAGUUCGGGUUCAAUUCCCAGCAGCUCGGUCUCCAGUUCAUCGGUAUGAUCGUAGGCCACGCCCUAGGUGAACCUAUCAGUGGGACACUGAGCGACUAUUGGAUGAACAGGCGUUUGAGGAAAACUGGAUGCAAGGCGCGACCUGAAUACCGGCUUUGGUUCAGCUACCUAGGGUUUAUGCUUGCAAUUGCGGGCGUGGUGGUUUUCUUAGUCCAGAUCCAGCUGGCCCCUCAGGGUUAUUGGAACAUCACCCCAGUGAUAGGUAUUGCGCUUGCGGGUGCUGGAAAUUUGAUUGCGACCACGGUUCUCAUUACUUACGCGGUUGAUCGCCAUCCUCAGGAAGCAGCCAGUAUCGGCGUCUUUGUGACUUUUGUCCGCCAGGUAUGGGCUUUCAUUGGCCCCUUUUGGUUUCCUCCCAUGUUUACGAGUGUUGGUCUCAUUGCAUCAAGUGGGAUUGCUACUGGUCUCAUUGUAGCUGUCAGUGUAAUACCUACGAUUCUCAUACACUGGAGUAGCCGGUCCCGCCAGGUACAAGAAAAGGGAAGUGGAGUAUCGAGAAGGGAGAAUUCGGAACAGGAGGUAAUGACAGAGAAAUAG